AUGUCGUACCCUCGGUCCUCUCGACGAACGCCUCCUCCUUGGUCUCGAGGACAACAUGCAUCUGGUCGACAGAAUGAUGACUGGCGAAGCUGGGAUGCCCUCAAAGUCAUCGUCCACGAUCUGCCAAACAAUACCACAACUGUACUUGUCCACCGCCUGCUCAAGCAGUACGGCAACGUCUCGAGGAUCUUGAUCUUGGAAGAUCGCCAUGGAGGUCACCCGACCACGGCUGAGGUCUUCUUCAAGCCACCUCCUCAUACUCCGCUCUGGGUCAAACCCCUGGACAUCCGCACCAGCAAUAAUGAUACGCAUCAAGUCAGGAUCACGUUGGCUGACAGCCAGCGCAGAAAGUACACAAUGCCCGCCAACGAUCGCGGCAUAGAGUAUCCUGAGGAAAUCCUCCUGCAGGGAUCAGCGUUAGGCUUUGGUGUUCUGGGCAAAAGCAAUGAGGUGUUGGUCAAGCAAGUCGUAUCAAUGAACUCAGAAUCUGUACCAGGAUCUCCACCAGGUAGUGUGCAUUUGACGCUCAACCUGAGGCGUCGGGAGAUCUUCGUCAACUUUCCUAUUCGUUUGGAUUCGACCAACGGUGCCAGGACUCGACUCUACCGCUUCCCUGUCGCCUUCGAUGACAAGUUCAAGAUCUGGAGGCUUCACGACAAGAACAAUAAUGUUCAGUCGUACCUCAUCCAUUUGCGAAACCCCCCGUGGUUUUCUCGACGACUCGAUACUGCCGUGGGAUCGAGCCAUGUGCCGGAUGCGAAGAAAUGGAACGAGGAUGAUCUCUGGACGCGACAGACUGACAUCGUGCGGCACAAAAACCAUUUCACCGAUAUCAACCAAACAUCCAUCUCUCUGAAGAAGGACCUGAAUCGGAUCGACGUAGCCCGCUGGAGGACUUUCAAGUUUGACAUCGAUGAAUCUGAGGUCGACGGCGUCCGUGCCAAACUCUUUGACGAAGCGCUGAAGGACCACAACAUUCGAGUUGGCACCGUGACAUCUGACUACAACAUCCGCGAAGAAUUGAGUGGUGGUACCGCAGCUUACUGGGAAGACAUCGAGUUCGAUGGAGACGGGCUUGAUCCGCUUGACGAUGGUUGCACACUGCCAUUUGAGCUCCGCUAUCAGCUUGAAGUAUGUCUGGCAAACGGCCGCCUGAGCGAAUACGCCAUCGACAAAGCCUUCCUUCGGAAACUCAAGUCCCUCAACACCACGAGAGCCCAGCAGAUGCUGAUUCACGUCGACAGCAUUGGCGAGGAAAUUCAGGAUCCUAUGUCGAUCUUCGAUGACAUCCGUUUUCAGAGGCCAGUCCGCAAUCGGCGACUGCCAGGACACUGCUACAUGAGUUACAAUGCAACUAUUACGGCCACAGCUAUCAAAAUCAACACUCCGACCGUUGAUGUGUCGAAUCGCGUUGUCAGGAAGUACAUGAGUUGUGCCGAUCGCUUCUUGCGCGUCUCAAUCGAAGACGAUGAGUACCGCGGCCAGUCCAAGAUCUACGCUGGCAGCAAUGCUAAGAUGAAUCUCGUCAUCGAUCGUGUGCGACGAGCACUCACAAACGGUAUCAGCAUAGCCGGUCGCCACUAUGAAUUUCUUGCAUACGGGAACUCCCAGCUACGUGACCGCGGAGCUUACUUUUUCGCAAGCACUCCUGAGUUGACUGCUGACAUGAUUCGAGCUGAGAUGGGCGUCUUUGACAACGAGAGAAUUGUUGCAAAAAGAGCCGCACGAAUGGGUCAGUGCUUUUCUACCACGCGCCCAAUACGCUGCAGCAUCCCGCUCAUCACCGAGAACGACCUGACCCCAGAUAUAGAAAUCAAUGGCCACAACUUCACAGAUGGAGUAGGCAAGAUUUCGAAGCUGGCGGCGACUCUUGUAGCAGACAAUAUGGAUCUCCCGCCUGGAGAGGAUCCGCCCUCGUGCUUCCAAUUCCGUCUAGGCGGCUGCAAAGGUGUGCUCGCAAUCGAUCCAUCGCUUCAGCGCGGGGAGGUCAGGUUGCGACGCAGUCAAUUCAAGUUCCAGAGCAACUCGAAGGAGCUCGAGAUCAUUCGAUGCUCACAAUUCUGGCAGCCAUUCCUCAACCGACAGAUCAUCAUAGUACUGAGCAACUUGGGCGUGAAAGAUCAAGUAUUUCAGCUCAUGCAGCAGGCAACCAUCGACUCUCUCAACAACGCUAUGAAAGAUGAUGAGGCUGCAUUGCAAGCUCUCAGAACAAACGUCGACCCCAACGGAGCGACGCUGAGUAUGUAUGAACUAGUCUCGAGCGGCUUCCGUCGGGCCCAAGAACCUUUCGUCAUGAGUUUAAUGGGACUCUGGCGUGCAUGGACGUUACUCGGUCUGAAAGAAAGAGCAAGAAUUCCUGUCAAGGAUGGCGCAUUCAUCUUGGGUGUUGUAGAUGAAACGAACACUCUGCGUGGUCACUACGAUCGGAAGCAUGCCGGACAGGGACCGUUGAUUGUGGACAGGGAGCAGGAAAUUCGACAGCUUCCUCAGAUCUUUCUUCAGAUCAAGGAUCCAAUUACCAGGGUCAAAAAGGUCGUGGAAGGCAUCUGUAUUCUUGCCCGAAAUCCUUCCCUGCAUCAAGGCGACAUCAGAGUCGUUCAAGCAGUCGAUGUCAAGGCACUUCACCACCUGGUCGAUGUCGUUGUGAUGCCACAGAAUGGGGACCGCGAUCUGCCCAGCAUGUGUUCCGGUGGUGAUCUGGAUGGUGACGAUUACCUGGUCACAUGGGAUUCCGCCUUAAUUCCAGAGGUCUGGAACGUGACGCCACAUCAUUACGAACCUCCUGCUCCGAAAAUGGCCCAGGGCGAGAUUACCACGAGGGAUAUCAUCGACUUCUACGUUGACUACAUCCAGAACGACAGUCUAGGUCGAAUUGCACACGCUCAUCUUGGCAAUGCUGACUACUUCGACGAUGGAAUCUUCAGCGACCAGUGUCAGCAGCUGGUGCAACUUCAUUCAGUUUCUGUCGACUAUCCCAAGACUGGAGUACCAGCAAAGCUCCCGCUUCAGCUUGAGCCGACCGCUUGGCCACAUUUCAUGGAGAAGAGAGGCAGAUGGCAGUAUUCGAGGAAGAUUUUGGGUCAGUUAUACGACGCUGUGGAAAAGCUUGUGGCUGGCUUCGACCUCCGAGCUCGUGGUGUGCCCAAGUUCGAUGCCCGAGUGCUUAACCUCGAUCGGCCCGACCGGGAUGUUUUCAAUCAAGUACAAGCAAUCAAACACGAAUACGACAUGGCAAUGCGAAGAAUCAUGGCUCAGCACAAGAUCAAGACUGAGUUCGAAAUCUGGAGUACUUUCGUCAUGUCGCACAGCAAGAAGUCCACAGACUACAAGUUCCACGAAGAAAUUGGCCAGAUCUCCAAGUCCUUGAAGGAGGAAUUCCGCAAGGAGCUCGUGGAUGCAGCAGGUGGUGAUAGUUUCAGCACUCUCAUGCCAUUUGCCAUUGCUGCAUACCAAUUCACUGCCGAGCAGGUCACCACCGCAUUACAACAAGGCGAAAGCCUGAAUGGUUCUGAGGUGGGCAAAGCAGGUCGUGACGAUGAGGAGCAAGAGCCAGAGUUGCCAAAGGUGCCAUUUUGCAGCUUCCCUUGGCUGCUUCAGGACGUUCUGUGCAAGAUCGCCUCGUCUACACCGUUCGAGGAAGCUCAGCCUUCUGCUGUGAGCGCCAGAAAGGAGGGCCAGAAGCCUGCUACCGGAGACGAUUCCAAUGAGGCAACCAACUCGCGCAUGCAACCGGCUCCCAGGCGCGAUUCCAUGUCCCAUGCGCACAAUGCUGAACUCAGAAGACCCUCCGACAGAUCCAACCAUUCGUCUUCAGACCCAGAUCCAUUCGCCAAGUUGGACCCUCUGAGCCGCAGGAACAGCCAUCGCACGGGUAGCACUUCCUCCUCUGAUCGAGUGAAAAAGGGGACCAGCAUCAAAGGCGAAAAUGGAGUUGCGAAGUUGUCAAAAAUGGUGCCUGGGACGGAUCAGGAAGCCUUCGAUGUUGAAAAGGGUACACCAAAAGCUAUUCAUACGCCUAAGAGACGUGCUAGUGGGACAGCUGGCGUCAUUGAUCUGCUGGGAAGUCCGUCCUCAGCAGAGAAGAGACCCGUGUUCAAGAGCGAUAUCUUCAAGUCCCCUCUGAGGGCCAUCAAGACUCCGUCAUCGCCAGCCGAUUGGAAAGAGUAUGCGCGCAAUGGGUCAUCAACUCCAUAUGGUAAGGUCACUAAAGAGUCCAGCCUCAGUGCCGAUGACCCAUACUCGACGCCUCGGCCCUUGAAGACUGAUGGCCUCAAACCAACCAGCGGUAACAUCUACAACACACAGGACUACGGGCGGAAGGACGUGGCUCGCGAUCGACCGAGCUCAAGUGGGUCCGAAGCCUACUCUUCUGGGCAGAAUUCUCAGCAUGACGAAUCGUCUGGAGUCAGUCCUGUGGACGGAGGCUUUUCUCUCGCGGCGGCAUUCGAGACUGUUGCUGCUUCGUCGACUAAGAGGCCAUCUGUCGCAUCACGUCCAGCUCGGUUGAUGGGCGAUCCGGCUAAUAUGACUGACGAGGAAAAGGCUGCCAUUCUCGCGGAGGACUUUGACUGA